UUGAAUAUUCUUCCUUACACGCGUGUACUUGACAAACUACCUACCUAGGUAGCUAUCGCGCAUACCCAUCCUUGCCAAUCGACUCUUCACAGCCCCUCGUUUAUCCUCCGUCCCUGGGCAGACUGCCUAGCUCUAGAUUCACCAUGGAGCCGGUUGUUACCUUGGCAGCUUGCAGCCUGAACCAGUUCGCGCUGGAUUGGGAAGGGAAUCUUGGUCGGAUAAAGCAAAGCAUCCUGAAAGCCAAGCAAGCCGGUGCUACCUUGCGUGUCGGCCCAGACUUGGAGAUUACAGGCUAUUCAUGUCUCGACCACUUCCUGGAGAUGGACCUGUAUGACCAGGCCUUGGAUAUGCUCGACCAAAUCUUGAUUGACGAGUCUCUCUUUGACAUCCUCCUGGACAUUGGAAUUCCUAUCAUGCACAAGAACUGCGCUUAUAACGCCCGCGCCAUUAUUGUAAAUGGCAAAAUCCUCUGUUUCAGGCCCAAGAUCUAUGGGGAUAACUCCCGGGAGAACCGAUGGUUCACACCGUGGGCGCGACCUGGACAUGUCGAGCAGUACUCUCUACCUCCCCGGCUCGCAAAAAUCCAUGGUAAAAGCCAUGUCCCGAUCGGGGAUGUUCUGAUAAACACCCUUGAAACCUGUUUAGCCUCAGACAAUGGUGACGAAAUUUGCCCCUCAAGCAGCGCCGAGAUUUUCACCCACUCGAACGGGAGUCAUCGUUCGCUCACGAAGCUAGACCAGCGGAUCCAGCUUAUCCAGGAGGCCACACGGAAGAACGGAGGUGUUCACCUCUACAGCACUCAGCGGGGUUGUGACGGCGACAGCCUGUACCAUGACGAGUGUUCUCUCAUUUUGGUCAAUGGCGACAUUGUGGCUCAGGGCAGGCAAUUUGGGCUGGAAGAUGUCGAGGUGAUUACAGCAACUGUCGACCUCCAGGAGGUUCGGGCCUACCGAUUCGCAUUGCCAAAGGGCUCCUCAGGAACCCAGGAACCUUCCUCCAAACCCAUAAACGCUGAAUUUUCACUCUCCAACCACAAGCCCAAACACAAGCCCGCUAUCUUCAUGUCUCCCACCCCCACCCCUCCUAAACCAGCGGAAUAUCACCUCCCUGAAGAGGAGAUUGCCUACGGCCCAGCGUGUUGGCUUUGGGAUUAUCUGCGGCGGUCCAAGGCUUCGGGGUUCCUCCUCCCGCUCUCUGGCGGCCUUGAUUCUUGUGCCACCGCCAUCGUCGUCUACAGCAUGUGUCGUCUUGUCAUGAUUGCUGUCAAAGGGGGCGAUGAACAAGUCAUUGCCGACGUAAAGCGCAUUGUGGCACCCACCGAGGACAACAUGCCUAGCACCCCUGAGGAGCUUUGCAAUCGGAUAUUCCAUACUGUGUACCUAGGGAUGGCCAGCCAGUCGAGCAAGGAGACAAGGCAGCGCGCGAAGGACCUUGCUGCGCGGAUUGGGAGCUAUCACACAGAUCUCAACAUCGACGACGUCUUCCACGCCACCAAGGGGCUGCUGAAACAGGGAACUGGGUUUGAGCCCAAGUUCACGGCCCAUGGGGGAACCCAUACGGAGAAUAUUGCCUUGCAGAAUAUCCAGGCCAGGGCUCGUAUGUGCGCCGCCUAUUAUUAUGCCCAGAUGCUGCCAACGGUCCGGGAACGCCCUGGUGGAGGGGGCUGUUUGGUACUCGGCUCCAGCAACGCCGAUGAGAGCGUCAGUGGCUAUCUCACGAAAUAUGACUGUUCGAGCGCCGAUAUAAACCCUAUCGGCUCCUUCAGCAAGGUCGACCUCACGCGGUUUAUCGCGUGGGCGGCAAAGAGUUUCGACAUGCCCGUUCUGGUCGAGUUCCUCGAGGCAACGCCAACCGCUGAGCUUGAACCAAUUACGGAAAAUUACGUGCAAAGUGAUGAGGCCGACAUGGGGAUGACGUAUGUGGAGCUGGCCCGGUUUCGCACACUGAGGAAGCAAUACAGACUCGGUCCAUACGGAAUGUACCUCAGACUGCAGGAUGAAUGGGGAGAGAAGCUGUCCCCACGUGAGAUCGCUGACAAAGUGAAGCGCUUUCAUCAUCGCUACCAAAUCAACAGGCAUAAGCAAGAAGUCGCAACGCCGGCAUAUCAAGCCGAAUCUGCCAACCCAGACAACCUUCGCUUCGACCUUCGGCCAUUCUUGUAUCCUGCCGCGUUUGAGAGCUGGUCGUUCAAGAAGAUUGACGAACGGGUAGAAACGGUAGAGAAGGCGCAGGAGAAGAAGAGACGGUGGGAUUUGCUCUAACUGCAUAAUGCAUACUUACGAGAAUUUGUAGUUUAAGCAAGCCCUUAUACCUCCUCGCCUAACUGUCGCAGCUGAUUCACCAUCCAUUCUCACUUGAUCUAUUCGCGGAGAGAAUGAUUUUUACUUGCGGUCGCUGGAUCCGGGAAAAGGACCUCCCUCCCUGACGUCGGCACUAAGCUCAAGUUGGAGGGAAACCGCGAGCUGAGGUACAAAAGAUAGAAAUCAGAAGAAUCGGUAUACGGAUUCCCGCUGCUGUGUUUACACUUCGUUAUUAUCGCUUGCAUAAGGCGCUUGGUGAUGUGGCUUCCAUGUGGGGGAGUAGCACCUUGUGCCUCAAAUUCGGUACGUACUGAAAUGCGUCCUGCCGUCGUCCACAUAGUGGAGCUCUGGUCUUGGGGCUCUUGGAUGCCCCACCAUACAUGUG